GAAAAUUCAGAAAUAUCGGCGUAACACAAGUGUACCAUAAGAACCAAUCGUUCAAAAUCGCCAGAGAGUGAGAGAGAGAGAGAGAGAGAUAUGGCAUUGGGGAGCACGAGCACGGCUCUGGUCCCUCAUUUGCAGCUCCAAGGUUGUUGUUUCUUCAAGCGCCUAGCUUCUCUACCGGUCGACAGAACCUCGACGAGAGCAAGGUUGGGACUCAAAAUCGGUGCUUCGCAGAGACGACUCCGCCACCGGGGGAGUUUUACGAACGUCUUCUGCUUUGCCGUAGAUGACGGCCUGAGAGAUAAGCAGCCAGAUUUGGGCGUUAGUGCUGGCUCCGCCGUCGAGGAUAGGCCCGAUGUGGCUGAUAGUUCGAAAGAAGAAAUAUUUGUGGAGAAAUUGGACCAAGAUGGUGAGCGGGGUGCACUAUACGAGUUUCUUUAUCCCGGCAAAGAGCUUCUACCGGAUGAUAAAGAAAUGACUAUAUUCGAUCAUCUGGAAGAGUUGCGCCAGAGGAUAUUCGUGUCGGUUUUGGCAGUUGGGGCUGCUAUUUUGGGUUGCUUUGCGUUUUCGAAAGAACUGAUAAUUGUUCUUGAAGCUCCUGUCAAAACCCAGGGUGUGCGGUUCCUGCAGCUAGCUCCUGGUGAAUUUUUCUUUACAACUCUAAAGGUAUCAGGAUACUGUGGCCUUCUGUUAGGAAGCCCUAUCAUUCUGUAUGAGAUUAUAGCCUUUGUUCUUCCAGGUUUGACUAAAGCAGAGAGAGGGUUUCUGGGGCCGAUUGUAUUUGGCUCCUCGGUGCUUUUCUAUGCUGGUAUCGUCUUCUCCUACUUGGUACUGACACCAGCCGCCCUAAACUUCUUUGUUAGCUAUGCGGAAGGGGCUGUGGAAUCAAUAUGGUCCAUUGAUCAAUACUUCGAGUUUGUGCUUGUGCUCAUGUUCAGCACCGGCUUGUCAUUCCAGGUUCCAGUAAUACAAAUUCUACUUGGACAAGUUGGUCUAGUAUCGGGAGAUCAAAUGUUGUCAAUUUGGAGAUACGUAGUGGUUGGUGCAGUUGUAGCUGCCGCUGUGCUUACACCCUCGACUGACCCUCUUACUCAAAUGCUUCUGGCAGCACCCCUACUGGGUCUUUACUUGGGCGGCGCUUGGUUUGUUAAGCUUACGGGGAGGUGAACCGCGACGACUUGAAAGCACACGACAUGCUCUCAAUGGCAUGCGUGCAUUUAAGUGGCAUGGAUCCUGUAUAUUCAAAAAUAUAAUGUCAUAUAUAGACGAGGAACAGAGGAUGAAUCUCCUAAACGAAUUUUCAAAUCGUUUUGUUCUUAUCAUUGUAAAAGUUCUCCAUUAGAAAUACAGUAGUUAUUAAA